CGUGUUUUUCCCAGAACCAGGGCUAAGCCCAUCAUGGGAACAGAGCCUUGGCUAGAGUUAGGGUUCCAUCAAGGAGAGUCACCAGGGCAGAAGCGACACCAGUUCCAUGAUCUUCCUGGAGGGCUGUAUUGAGUGCCCAUGUGAGGAUUCAACUCAGGGCCAACCUCCUCUUUGACCUAUGGUACAUGAGCACCUCUGGACCCCAUGUGCAUCUCCAGCACCUGGUUCGCAUGAACAUGCCUAUCUCCAAUGAGGACAUGACUGUUCACUACACAUCCACGCUGAUGGCCCUCAUUCAGAGUGCACUGGAGAUCAAGCUGGCUCCAGGUGAGCAAGGCAGCAUCUGGGGAGGGAACCAGGCCAAGGCCAGGCAAAGCACUUCAGAGUCAUCCCCAGAGAAAACCAGAGCCACCAGAGGGGAUCUGCACCAUGCCUACCCCCACACUCCCCUCCUAGCUGCACUCAUCCCCUUGAGCACAGCCACGGACGGGCAUGGAUGAGUCAGGGCUAAUCCCCACCUUAUCAUCAUCUCCUCAAAGAUGUCAAGCCAGAAACUCUGUACUCUACUUCUUGUCCUGUCCACUUUUUCUAUAUAUUACAUUAUCUGUAUCAACAUAUAUGCACAAUGUUAUCACUCCCAUCUUUAAAAGGUUUUCUUCUAUCUC